UUUCCAUGUUUUUUUUUCUCUCUAUUUUGUGAGGUCUGCGGAAUGCCCCGCUUUCCCAAACGGCCACAUCCAUAUCCUCUUUCCCCUUCUCUUCUUCCUCUCCCUUCCGUCUUUGCCCUCUCGCGGGUCGCUCCAUCUCUUAGGGUUUCUUCUCCUCAUGCUUUCUGGUUUCGCCGUUGAUUCGUCGGCGGCCUUUUCCCCGGAAAUCGUCUUGAUUCCGUUGCUGUUUUCGCUGCUGGUGCUCGGAUUUGGCUCCUCGGGGCUGCUCCUUCCUCGUCUGCACUCAUGGCGGCUCUCGUCAAACGCGGAGGCAGUGAUGAUCUCUGUCCUGGUGGCCCUUUUUUCUCGAAUCUCAUGGAUUCGAGUCUUCUCAGGUCUCUUGCUCAUACAGUUGAUGUUUACUGCCCCCCUCGCAAGAGGUCACGAGUCGCUGUCCCGCACAUCCUCAGAGCUGAAGAGAUAACUGCAGAGGAGAAACAGCAGCCCUGCUCAAUUGACAUUCUUCCUGAUGAGUGCCUCUUUGAAAUCCUCAGACGAUUGCCAGGAGAUAAAGAAAGAAGUAACUCUGCUUGUGUUUCUAAACGUUGGCUCAUGCUACUGAGCAGCAUCUGUUCUUCUGAACGUGCUGGUCAGUUGAAGCCUAACCUACAAUGUGUGAGCAAGUCCUUGCCAGACCUGAAUGAGCAUCCGUCUUUAAGCCAGCAGGAAAUUCAUAACAAUGGCUUUCUUACCAGGCGCUUAGCAGCUGAGGAAGCUACUGAUAUUAGACUCGCUGCUAUUGCACUAGGAACUUGUAGCCGUGGUGGACUAGGCAAACUUUUCAUCCAAGGAAAUGACUCGACUAAGCUAUCUAAUGUCGGGCUCUCUGCAAUUGCCCACGCUUGUCCUUCACUUCGGAUGUUAUCCAUGUGGAAGGUGCCCUUGGUCACUGAUGCUGGUCUGGAAGAGAUUGCUGAUGAAUGCCCAUUGUUGGAAAAACUAGACCUUUGCCAGUGUCCACAGAUCUCUGACAAGGGCUUGAUAGCUGUUGCUCUAAAGUCCCCUAACUUGAUAUCUCUCACUAUUGAAUCAUCUUCAAGCAUAAGUAAUAAAGCUCUUCAGGUUGUUGGUCGGCGGUGUUUGAAAUUGAAGUAUGUUACUAUCAAGGACUGCCCGCAAGUUGGUGACCAAGGAAUUGCCAGCUUGGUAUCUUCUCCUUCCUCUUCCUUGGAGAGGAUAAAACUUCAGUCUUUGAAUGUCACUGACUUAGCUCUUGCAGUUAUUGGCCAAUACGGAAAGAACCUAACAGAUAUAUCUUUGACUUCUCUCCAGAACGUUGGUGAGAAGGGAUUUUGGGUUAUGGGCAAUACUUGUGGGCUGCAGAAACUGAGGUCCAUCAGUAUCAUCAAUUGCAGUGGGCUUACUGAUAUAGGCUUGCAAGCUGUUGCAAAAGGUUCCCCUUUCAUGAAGCAGCUUUUUGUUCGCAAAUCUUGCUACUUGACUGAUGCUGGUUUGAGAGCUUUUGCCGAAAAAGCUUGGACACUUGAAAAUUUGCAUCUUGAGGACUGUAACCGGAUAACAUUUGUAGGUGUUCUCAGUGCCCUCUUCACAUGUCCGAAGUUGAAGUCACUUUCCCUGAUUACAUGUCUGGGCAUCAAAGAUUUAGCUUUUGCCCCUCCUCAACUGCCAUCAUGCAUAUCACUUGAGUCCUUAACCAUUCAGGAUUGUCCAGGUGUCACAAGUGUUAGCUUACAAGUGGUGGGGAAGAUCUUCCCCCAGUUACGGAAAAUAAACUUGGGAGGUCAAGCUGGAGUUACUGAUGUGUCGCUUGCUCCACUGAUUGAUAAUUCUAAAGUGGGUUUAGUGGAGGUAAAUCUAAGAGGUUGUGUUAGUAUUUCUGAUGCAUUGAUCUCCAUGUUGGUGAAUGCACACGGAAGUACUCUGAAGAUGCUUAAUCUUGAUGGCUGUACAAAGAUCACUGAUAGGAGCCUCACGUUCAUUGCCCACUGCUGCUCUGUGCUUGACGAUCUGGAUUUAUCACAUUGCUCAAUAGGUAACUAUGGCGUGGCAGUCCUUGCAUCUGCAAAACAGCUUAACUUGCGUAUUCUCUCUCUUGCAAGAUGCUCAAUCACUGAAAAAAUUAUGCCAUUGUUGGCAAAUAUGGGGCAGUCAAUGGUGGGCCUAAAUCUUCAGCAGUGCCGUUUGAUCAGCACUGAUGCAGUUGGGUUGCUCGAGGAAGAGCUAUGGUGGUCCGACAUCAUUUCCUAGAAGUAGGGAGGACUAAACAAUGGUGCAAGUGAGUUUCUUGGGAGUCUAAUCUUUUGGCUUCUUUCAUGACCUUCGGCACCAGAAGAGUGGAAAACAGAAGUAUCUUUGAGUUUGUUUUUUUGGUUCAUGUCUUCUGGACUUGAGCUUUCACCUUUUGGUCAAUUUCCAUGGACCCCUGGCCUUCAUGUUUACGGAUGUUCUUGCAAAGGAACUCUGUUUUGUGGAGGUAAGCAAUCAUUGAACCCAACAGCUUACUUUCCUCAAUUUUUGGCCUUGGUUCUGGAAUUACCAUAUUCAGUCUUAGUUUCGGUAGUAGUUUUCUACUUCCGAGCCUAGGUAUGUCAUGGUCUUGAUAUUUUUCCUGUGAUCCUGGUUCAUCUUACCAAGGAAGCUUAAUAGUUUGCUUCGUUGGUGUUUUAGCCAAGUUAUCAUGUUGUUAAAGUUUGCAGGUCGAACUCAUAUCAAGUUUCAGGUGUCAGAGUCCUUUGUUGUUUGCAGUGUGUGCUCUAUGUCCGCUGUGUAAUUUGGGUCAGUUCCGUCUUGUUGGUCUGGUCUGGUUGCCUUUGUACAGUUUGUUUGAUGCCUGAGAUUCAUGGUAUUUGGCUAAAUGGCUGCAUGUUAUUGAAGCAUUGCCAUGGCAACCUUUGUUGGUUGUUUUUUCGUCAAAUCCUACUUUUCCAGGCUGAUCAUGGACUGUGAUGUUUGCAACCUUUUCACUAAUAAAAUAAACUGCUUUUUUACUGUGU